AUGAGUUUCCUCAGUGAGCUAAAGAAACAAAAAUCAAAGUUAAAAGAAACUGAAACAGUAGUGACCAAAGUCGACGGCCAAAGAUAUUCAGAGAAAAAUUGUAAUAUAACCGCUGUUUACCCCAAUACUUUCGGUUUUGUAGUGGACACAAAACCUGACAGUACACCGGCAUUAAUUACAGACUAUUUGUACAUAGGCUCUCAAGACUGCGCAGCAGCCAACGUCAUAGACACGAACAAUAUAAAGCAUGUGCUUAGCUUAGGAAUACAUGUUGACGUUACAGUAGAUAAUAAGCAUAUAACCUGCUUAGAUUUACCAGAAACUAAUAUCAAAGAUACGUUACAUGAUUGUUUGACUUACAUUCGUAAAGCGGUGGAAUCUAAAGAGAAUAUUCUAGUACAUUGCAACGCGGGUGUGUCCCGUACCUCGAUGGUCACCAUAGCAUACUUAAUGCAUUAUGAAAGAAUGGAGUUUCAAGAUGCUUAUGCGUUGGUUAAGAGCAAAAGACCUGCUAUACAACCAAAUGAUGGGUUUAAAAAACAAUUGAAGGUUAUGACUCCAGGACAAUUGAUAUGA